CUGCACACCUGCCUCUUAUUAACGGUCCAUCAGUCCCUGGCUGCUUUUUCGUUCGGUAAAGACAACGUACUUUACUGGAAGAAGAAAUAAUGAACUCGCUUGAAUUCUCCUUUGUCUUUUUUAUACUGGUGCCUCAUUCGUUUGGAAGAUGCUUCGACAUGUCCUUCUCAAUAUGCUGGCUGGGCAAGAAGGACGCUUUAAAUGGGCUAAAUGGAAACUUGUGGCUCAACGGCACGUCCUUGAACUCUAUUGGACAAGUGGGGAGAGUUACCUCUGUGACUGUGUCUCCGGUUGUAGAAAACAAGGUUGCACUGCAGUAUGGUGGCUUUACUCAGAGAUGGACCUUGACAAUCAGCCCACGUACGAAGGUGAUCAAAAUCACAGGUAGAAACAAACCGUUAGAGCAGGCAACAAAUACCACAAAGGGCCUCCUGGAGUUGUUUAAUUCAGCUGAGGUAUUUGCAUGUGAAAGUGGCACCAUGUUCCUCCACCAGGAUGAGAACUUCUUCCUCGCUGUUGGUCAUACGCUGCGUUUCCCCAUCAAGCUGGAGUCCAGAAGUCCCUCCAUGUUGCUGGUGUCCUGGCUGGUGAACAAUCCAGAAGACGUCCAUGCUCACAUGGUGACCCUUUACCAUGUUGAAAUGGGAUCGUACAACUCUUUCACUGAGGACACCACCACCCUAGACCACUACCGCUUCACUGCCUUGGACCCAUGCAGUCACUACAUGGUCUGUGUGGAAAUUGCAAACUCUCACUCCUUCACAUGCCUCUCUACUAUUUCAGACCCAGAUGUUCCAAAGCAUUUUGAAGUGACAUCAUCGAACAGCAGCAGCAUAUCUAUGGCAUGGGACUGUCCUGAAAAUCUGAAGUACUCCUGCUUCCUCCUCACAAUCUUCUACCUUAAUGGUACAGACCAUGUCACAGAGGAGGUGGCGCUAUGGCUGACCGAUGACAGCUUUACCUUCACCAUGUCUGACCUGCAGCCCUGUGUCAGGCUCAAGGUUGGGCUGCAGACGGUUUGCCAGUCAGGGCUGGAGUCCCGCUACAGUAGAAUGGUCCUGAAUGAUGGAAACUCUGACUUCUCCAACAUUUACUCUUUGCGUCAGACUUCAGUUGGGCCCAACAAUUACACUCUGAGCUGGGAGGUACAGAACACCUCUUCUAUCUCUAUGUUUAGAGUUUACCAUGAGGAGGUGCUGCAGAGCACCACACUCUUGACUACACACACUGUAGCGGGACUGCUGCCAUGCCAAAAGUACCAAGCCAAGGUGGCAGCGGUGUGUGGCGACGACGUGCUCAUGAGUGCCAAGACGGUUACAGCUCACACUGGUCCUCGUGGUGUGUCUGAGCUCAGGUACCGCUCCAGUGACUCCACGGCUCUGUGGACUCCCAGCCUCACUAAUCAGCAGGCUGUGGCCUACAUAUACGAGCUCUCCCUGAAGAACGGCUCCAUCAUCAAGAGCAGCAGUGUCCCCAACACUGAGCUGCCUCUUCCAUGGCUGGAGGCGGGAAAAUCCUAUGUCCUGGAUGUGUGGGAGGAAUGUGAAGGCCAGUGGGUGUCUGAACCAUCUCGUUUGGGUUUUAAAGGAGGCAAUCUAACUUUUGAGAUUGAUGUGAGAUCCCACGAAUCCCCUCAGACCAAAGAGCUACACUCUGAUUUCAAUGACAUUGGUCUCAGAAUGGUUGUGCUCUGGCCUCUGCCAGAUCUACAGGAUGACUCGUCAGAAACUAGCGGCAAAAUGGAUCAGAUUGUAAAAGCUAAGCUGGAUCAACUUUUAAAGGACUUUGAUCAACCAGCCCGGAUUGAGCUGGAUGUUUUGGAACCUGCAGAUGUACAAGGAAGGGCAGUCAUUGUGUUUAGCUCUUUUGAUGCCUCCAACUCUCAAGAAAACAUUGCCUUACCAGUUGAUGAUCAGCUCAGUUACAUUAGCUCUCUUAAUGUGUCUGACAUCAGCAUUGAGAAUGGGAUAAUUUACUGGGAUGGUCCAAAGUUGUGUGCUUCCAAGCAACCUGUAUGUCCCCCUAAUUCUCUGUGCAUCAACAUGCUGGACUCCUACUCUUGCAUUUGCAAGGGCGGUUACUAUGAUGUCAGCUCUUUCAUAGAUCUCCCUGCAGCUUCACAUCCAGUCUGCAAAGAUAAAGGACUUUUCAGCCAAUGUCUGGACAAGGUGAUGACAGGUGGAAUAGCGAAGCCUUACCUGACUUCUCUUUUUGGGGGAAAGACUGAAGUGAAACUGAAUGAUGGCCGGUGCCCUGUGAAUGAGACUGGGGUCCUGUACUACUUCCAGACCGCACGAAAUCCACCAAAGUGUGGACUAGAGAAAAAGGUGAACAAAACCCACAUCGUGCUCCAGAACUCUCUGAGCAUUAGUCUGACUAAAGAGCACACAAUCAGCCGGCGGGAUCUCAAAGUUGUCUGGAAGUGCAUCUACCCUCGACAUUAUGUCCGAAAUGCUCAAGUUGUUGCUGAAAUGGAAUGGCUGUCCUCACUUUCCUUGGUGGAGUUCAACUCAUCAGUACAGCUAGGACUGAUUAUGCAUUUGUUCAAAGAGGAGUCUUACAGCCAUGCUUACACUGAUGCCAUUGAGCUGGGAAAUGAGGACACCUUAUUCUUCCAGGUGGCCCUGCAGGCCAACCGUACUUUUGCCUCGGAUGUGCUGCUGCAGGUGGAGUCCUGUUGGGCCACUGAGAGCAGCAACCCACAGGAUGCAGUCCAGGCAGUUUUUCUCAAAGACGGCUGCCCCACUGACAACACCUUCCAGUGGCUCUCUGUUAACGGCCUGGCACAGAGAAGCAGAUUUUCCAUCCAGAUGUUCCACAUGCCCAAAGGCUUACCACUGUACUUCCACUGCCGGACCAACGUAUGUGGCCAAAAGGAGGACUGCUCUAAGAACUGUGCCAGCCAGGAGCGUCUAAAAAGGUCAGCAGGCCAGACGGACAGACAGGAGAAACAAGCUGCUGUUGUGUCUGCUGGGCCGCUGACGGUCAACAUGGGGGUGAAGUCCAUCAAUCCAUCUGAUGGGGCAGAGCACAUAAGCAUGGUUGUCAUCGUUGCUGCAUCAAUAAGCUUUUUAGGAAUCUCUGUGCUCUCACUAAGUGCAAUCAAAGCAGUAAUGGUGUACUAUGAGAAGCUACGGCUGCAAUAAACAGUUUGAAACCACCUCUGA